AUAGAAUCCCUUUCGCUGACUUCACGGCAUUUUUCCAUUGAAAUCAGACGGACAAUAUUGUUCUCUCCAAACCCAUCCAUCCACUCCUAUUGUAGUAUUUUCUUAACCUGUACCUGAUAUCAAGGAAGUCUUUUUAUUGGAGUGCUGAAGAUGGCAGAGGACGGACACAAGGUCUCAUUACACGUGUAUGACUUAAGCCAGGGACUGGCUCGUCAGAUGUCUGCUGCCUUCCUGGGAAAAACGAUUGAAGGCAUAUGGCACACGGGAGUAGUUGUUUAUGGCAAUGAAUAUUAUUUUGGUGGUGGUAUACAACAUGCUCCUGUGGGUAGCACUCCAUAUGGGACUCCGUUGCAAGUUCUAGACCUUGGUGUGACACACCUUCCGGAGGAUGUGUUUGAAUCAUAUCUGCUGGAGAUUAGCCCUCGCUACACUGCAGAAACAUAUAGUUUGCUGACCCAUAACUGCAACAAUUUCAGCAAUGAGGUUGCUCAGUUUCUAGUGGGUGCGACCAUCCCAGAAUAUAUUUUAAACCUUCCAAAUGAGGUCAUGAGCAGCCCAAUGGGUGCUCUCAUGUUGCCAAUGAUCCAACAGAUGGAAUCCACAUUAAGAGCAGGUGCAGUUCCUCAAGCCCCCAUGUUCAGACCAGCAGCAGUUGCAGCAGCAGUUGCCCCCCCUUCUGCUUCCCUGUCAGAAAAAAUAGUUGCAAGCAACAGUACUCUGUCUGAAGACACAAAAAAGCAUAACGGCGUUGAUUCUCGGAAGCAAAAUGCCAGGAGUAAUGGAGUUUUGCCUGCGUGUGCCAAUCCUGCACCUGCCAAUGUCACCACAGACCCUUUGGGAGAUGCUCGCAGCAAAAUACAAGGUGAGAUUGCGAAAGAAUUUGAUGCAAUCAUGGCAACUGGGACGAUGCGUGCUAGUGAGGCUGCCACUUUAGCAACUAAGAAGGUGAUGCAAAAAUAUGGACACGGUACCAAUGCGGCACAAAGCUGAUAUUGCACAUCCAUAAACCAUUGGUGAGAGACUUCCCCAAUUGAAGGAUUCCAUUGCUAUGUUACUUACUCCUAGUUGAAAUGUUUUCUUUCUUGGCGACUAAUUGAUUUGGUGACGAUUUGAAUUCUAAAAAGUGAACACAUUCUUGAACUGUGUUACCCUUUUUAAAGGUUCUUUUUGUAGGCGUUUUUCUUUUGCAAUUCAAAUCGACCCUUGAAUGAGUGGUAGACAUCUCAAGAAGCGGUGAAAAGAAACAUGGUCUGGUCUUUGGUCCCUAUCUGACUGCUCAGAUCUCAUGGAGCAUAAGAGAUAGGUUUUGAUAUUCUUUAAAUGGGAACAAUUCUGUAGGUGAUUGGUGAUGCCUAAACAAGGUUUGAA